AUUUUGAUCGAGCGCGUGUUUAUGGUAAUUUGUCGGAGUAGCAGCGGCAGCAGCAGCAGCAGAAGCAGAUCUGAACUUAUUUCGGAGACCUCUCCAGUUGGAGCUUGGAGGAAAUAAAUCACCACAAAGUUGCCAGUGGACUCGGUCAAGUCAACUCGGUACCUGGGGCUUUGUAGUAGAAAAGAAGAUUAAUUAGACUGGUGAGAAGCGAAUGUUUCGCGCGUGACGAUUGUGCAAUCUUCGUAUGGAUUUACCUACGGGUGGCCUUGGAACCGGUUUCGGAUCUGUGCUUGUUGUAAAGUUUGUGUUUUAUUUAGGUGGGAAUAACCCGUCUCAUAGGCGUCGUAAAGAAAGUGAAUUAAUAAAUUGACAUUCGUGUAACGAGGGGCAUUAUGAUGGGCUGGAAUAUGGAUCGUUGGAAGAUAUUUGGGCUACUGUUAGUGUUUUUGUUGGUUGACAUUGUGAGUGGUAGGACUUCGGAGAAGCUGAGAGUAACACUGCCCCAUGGUGGAUCACUGGUAGGACGGUAUUUACAUUCAUUCAGCGGAAGAGGAAUUCUUGCAUUCUUGGGAGUUCCAUAUGCGAAGCCACCGGUUGGGGAGCUGCGAUUCAAGGCUCCUCUGCCGUUCGGUGCCUGGACCGGUGAACGGAGUGCCACCGUGGAUGCUCCUCUUUGCACGCAGCGAGAUCCGUACCGCCGAGAUGAAGAGAUAUCCGGCCAGGAGGACUGCCUGCAGCUGAAUGUGUACGUACCGGAACGGCCGGAAAUCGACGAGGGCUCGCUGCCGGUGAUGGUAUUCUUUCAUGGCGGCGGCUGGCAGUGCGGUUCCGGAACGAGAAGCUUCUACGGGCCGGACUUUUUGCUGGAACACGAUGUCAUCUACAUCGGUGCCAACUUUCGACUGGGCCCGCUCGGAUUUCUCAGCACCGAGCAGGAGGAUUGUCCUGGUAACAAUGGACUGAAGGAUCAAAACUUGGUGCUGCGAUGGAUUCAGGAAAAUAUUGCCUCCUUCGGAGGAAAUCCACGGCUGAUGACGGUGUUCGGUGAGAGUGCUGGAGGAGCGAGUGGAACGUAUCACAUGAUGUCACCCUUAUCGAAGGGACUGUUUCAAAGGGUGAUUUCACAAUCCGGUGUCAAUUUGGAUUCUUGGGCUCAACCAACGCAUCCUGGAGUCGCCCGGAAACGAUCGAUUCAGCUCGGUGAGAUGGUUGGCUGUGAACAGGGAAGAAAGCAGAAUUUUCGCGAGAUGAUGCGUUGUUUGCGAGAAGUAUCAGCAGCGGAGAUUACCAAAGCUUUCUAUGGAUUUUUCGUUUGGGACACGGAUCCGAUGAUUCCUUUCCCACCUGUGGUGGAACCAGAUUUACCCGGAGCCUUUAUCACUAAACAUCCGAGAGAUGAGUAUGAACCUCAUGGACUUACGCUACCCUGGAUGACGGGGCUAACCAUGGACGAGGGAGCCCUUAAAACUGCAUCGCUUAUCAACCUACCGGAACUUCGCGCCAGCCUCAAUGAGCAGUGGGAUCGGGCGCUUCCCAUUUCGCUGAAUUAUGACCACCACGAGGAACCGGGCCGCCAGCAAGAAAUUACCGCCGCUAUUAACCGAUUUUAUUUCAACGACCGACAAUUGGUGAAGGAAACGGAGCAAAAUCUGACGAAUCUCUACACCGAUGCAUGGUUCUUAGCCGGUAUGGACGAAUAUCUACACAUCCGGCUGAGGGGCGACCAAAAAAGGACGGUUGGCCCCACGUUCGUAUAUCUUUUCGCCCAAAAAACUGCGGCCAGUUUCACUGAAAUAUUCGAAGGUGGCAAGGAAAACUACUACGGAGUGUGCCACGCCGAAGAGCUACAAUUCCUGUUUCCGAUCGCCAAAGAUCUAUUCGUAACCGCAGUACCCACACCCGAAGAGCUGGAAGUUCGCAAAAUUAUAACCAAGUUGUGGGUCAAUUUUGCCCGUACGGGCAAUCCUACUCCCAGCACGGACAACGGUGCAAUCCCACACUGGCCGCAAGCGAAAAGUUUCCCCCUCACUUACCUCCGGAUAGGCAGUUUGGAUUCGUCCAACGAGCCACUGCUAGCCGUUGAGAAAGGUUUAUUCGAGGAGCGAGCGGCUCUGUGGCGAGAUCUCAAAGCACACCAUUCUCCGAAAGGCUCUACGAAGGAUGAACUGUAACAUAUUCUCUGUAAAUUGACCUAGAAAAAUUCUUUUGUUUUUAUUGACCACUUCAAAACUCAAU